GUCAGACUCCUUAUGAUAUGGUAACAAUUAGAAGCAAUGACUCUGAAGAGAUAAAAAGGAAGAAGAAAGAAGUGAUGGACUUCCUAAAGACUGCCAUGUCAAAGACAUCCCCAGAAUUGACUCCUGACAACCAAUCACAGGAAGCUGCAGCACCAGUAGUUGGAGAUCCCAUCGGAAAAGGGCAACAGUCUGCCAUGUUAAAUCGUUUAUUAGGCAAGGGCAGCUAUGAAUCAUUUGAUAUGAGAUGCAUGGUAACCGGCCAGUUUUCCGUUGGGAAGUCUACUCUUGUGAAGCUGUUAGCUGGUGAUAUUGUACUAGAUGGUCGACAGCCGACUGACGGCAUUUCUCUCGUAGAAGGUCGCUGUGGCCUGGACAUUGAGACGAAAGAGUGGAUUCUAAUUGAUCCAGACUCUUAUAACGCCCUGGAUGUUGUGUACAACAAAGUGUUAAUGAACUCUCUCAAAGAAGAGGAGAAUGAACUCACUGAAAAGUUCAAUCAGGCUUCAGAUACAAGUCCAACUGGUUAUGCCAAAGCCACACUGUCCUCUAUGCUCUCAGAAAAGUCGGCAGCAGCACAAUCUCUACCACCUGAGAAAUCCUCCAAUGUGCCUCUCACGGUAAAACAGAUGGGAAAGAAAAUGAGAACAAGAAUGACUAAAGAGGAAAUAAGAAGGAAAAUGGAAAAAGUCCUCAAAAGUGGGAAGUAUAAGAUGAAAGUUGGGCGUCUUAUCUUCUGGGAUUUCGGUGGACAAUAUGUUUAUCUAACAACACACCAGACCUUCAUGACGUUCCGGGCAUUGUUUCUUGUAGUAUUUGAUGGGAGCAAAGAUUUGCAUGAACAGGUCCCUGAUGUGAUGUGUUUUCCAGGGCAGCACAUGACGCCAACUCCAGCAGUAUUCUUGCAAUAUUGGGUCAAUUCCAUCCUGACCUAUUGUAAGGUUGUUUAUGCAGGCAUUCCAAAGAUCUUGUUUGUUGCCACUCACAAGGAUAAAGUAUCACCGGAAAAUGUUGAGACACGACGUGAAGAGCUUUACAGUGGAAUUGAGGAGUUGUUUAAAGACCACGAGGGACAAAAUCAUCUGGUCCUUAGGCCUCUAAUAUUUGUUAAUGCAAAAGAUCAAGAUGACCCAGAAAUAGGAGUUCUGAAGAAAGCAAUUACAGAACUUACAUUCAACCACCCAUGUUGGGGUGAAAGAAUGCCCAAUGCUUGUGUUCCACUAGAGCUUGAGAUCGCUGAAUUAGUGGCAGAAGGAAAACAAAUUAUGUCAUUGGUUGAAGUUAAAGAAUUAAAUGCCAUCAGCGAGGUGUCUGUCCUGUCUCCUGAGCAGCUGACUGAUUUCCUUCAUUACCAACACUCUCUUGGGAAGAUUGUUUAUUUUGAUGCCCCACAGCUAAGAGAUAACGUUAUCAUCAGUCCCCUUCUUAUGGUGGAAGUUAUGAGAUCUUUCAUUACAGAUGUUGUAUUCUGGCCAAAAACAGAUAAAACAAGGAAAACCUUCAAAAAGAUGUCUGAAAAUGGAAUGAUACAAAAAUUAGACCUCUAUCAGAUUUGGGAGCAAGAAGACUUUCGUCAGAUUUUACCAUUUAAAGAGUACAUAUUCGAUAUGCUGAUACACCUUGAUAUUAUAUCAGAGCAACGAAGAUAUGAUACUAAUACGGGAAGUCGGUUAACAGUGGAAAACUUCUUUGUUCCCUGUAUGCUAACUAAAAGAAAUGACACAAGAUUCAUGACCCAUGAAUGCACACCAGAGAAAGCCAUCAGUCUAGCUUUUGUUUUCAAAGGGACAAUUAUACCACCAGCCUUACCAAAUCGUCUCAUUAGCGCAUGUCUCAGUAUGUGGACUGUGAAGACAUAUGAAGGAAAACAACUCCUGUUUUCAGGAUUCGUUGGUUUAUCAUUCGAUAAGGCACAUACUAUUGUUGUCUGUGUUGCAGGUAACAAGAUAUUGCUCUACAUCGUCCACAAAACCUCCAAUGGACUGAUCGUACCAGAUAUUGCCACUGGUAUAAAGGAAUGCAUGUUUACAACAUUAGAGAGAAUCUCAGAAUUCUAUAAGUCCACAGUCCAAGUCUCCUCUAUCAGACAAAAACUACCCUUCCACAUUGAAUAUGCAUGUUCCAGGUUAGAAUGCUAUAUAACCGAAGAGGCAACAUUCACAACUGAUGAAUGGAUCUGUGAUAAACAUAAGAUUACACAUACUAAAGACAAGUGGAAUAUUUGGAUUCAAGAUCAGACAAAAGAACAAUGUGAAGAGAACUGUCCAGGUUUACAUGACGAUGCCUUGAAUCAGAUUCCGAGUGAUAUUGAACUUCAAAGAUUUGCAUCAGCUUGUGACGAAAACACCAUACGUGAAUUGGCCAUACAUCUUGGUAUGAAGUUCAAAGCAUGGGAAGAACUUCAACGGAAUAACCCUGAUUAUAUUCAGAUUGUCAAGUACAGAAUUCUGGUCAACUGGAGAGAAAAUUUUUCAGGAAGAUUCAUCAACAUAGCGAAGGCUUUAACAGAGAUGAAACUAACUACACAUAUGUUGUGUCAGGUGAAAAGAAUCCGAAAGGGAAAAUGCGAUAUUAGUGAUGAAUAUUUGGAUUUGAUUCCAACAGAUGAAAUAUUGGAUGAACUAGCACAAGUCAUAGGAGUAGUAUCAUUCCAACUGGGUAUAGAAUUAGGAUUAUCCAUAACAUCUUUAGAUACCAUUCAAUACAACAAUGGACGGGAUUUAGUCGCUCAAUGCAAAGAUAUAUUAUUCCAGUGGAGAGAAGAUCAACGAGUGAAGCCAACCAUUGGUGUAUUGGUCCAAGCUCUGGUUAAUAUUGAAAGAGGUGCUUCAUGUUUAGGGGAAAUAAUUAAAACAGUAGGUGUGAAGAAAUACAUUCCACACGAGAAAAAAGAGAAGGAGGGAAAGGUUAAGACACUUCUGAAAAGAUUUAAUCCUUUUCAAAAGAGGAAAAAGUAGCAGAGCUUUUGCUUAGUAUAAUUUUUUCAAACAUUUUUUCGUCCUGCUCGAAGUUAUUGACUUGAUAUUUGUUUACACAAUGACAAGUUAUAAAUCAUCUUAAUAUUUUUUUACAGCACAAUAACUUUAAAACAGACAGAGGACUAUGUAUUGUCAUGCACUACUCUCAGAAUGUUAGUUGUCAUCACUUUGAAUAUGCAAUUAAUAAGAUUUAGUUUAUCUUGUUGAUUUAGUCAUCCCAUGUGACACUAUACUGAUACUUUUUAUAGAUGAGGUAACAGCUACAUUUGGUAUUUUUGUUAUUUGUUUUUAAAACCAACCUAGCUUAUAAUUUGAUACGCCAAACGCAAGUGUACUCUACACAAGACUCAGUUGGGAAGUACGGAAAACCAAAUCAACUUCAAUUAAAGUAUUCCGCAUUUCACUUACAUAAUACAAUGCUACUGUUUAUCUCCUUCAAUCAUAGUAAUUCAGUUAAAAAAAAUCAUCUUAAUUUGAUCCUGCUGUUUUUAUUUCAUACUAACCUGUAUUCAACAUGAUGAUCUGACUUAUACAUUAACCUUAUGUAUUAAUGAGGUCUUAAUCUAGUUGGUCUUAUUUUAGCCUAAUUAUGGCAAUGGUACUUUUAAUUACUGUAAAUUAAGAUAUUA